CCCGCCCCCAAGCCUGCGGAUUCGCUUUCGGUUGGGCAAGCUGAGACUCCGGGGACGCAGGCUCUGGACUAGCAGCAGAUGUCGCUGCCUUCCCUUGGUCCCCAGCUGUGCUUUGCAGCUGGCUCUCACUUGCAACUACUAAAGAGAAAUGCCCGGGAGCGGGGAACACAGAGAUCCUGUGUAGAGGCCAACGAAAUCUCUUUAUCUCUCCCACCUGAAGUCCAAAGGCGGCUUAGCUUACUCUCCUGAGAUCCCUGUCGCUCAGGCGGGUCUCCGCCCCUAAGCCCCGCCCCCGAGGAUGCUCCGCCUCUCCCAGCAGGGCGAGGCCCGGAUUGGACAGCUUCAGGGGUGGGCGUGAUCGACGGCAGCGCUGGUUCCGCGGGAGCAUCACGGUGGUUUCUGAGGCCAGGGAAUACUGGGGGACCUGCGGAGGGUCCUGGCCGGUGGCUCCAGUCGCCCGAGCAAAGUUUCGAACCUGAGGCCGAAGCCAGAGCCGGCAAGCGGAGAGGAGCGCGGAGAGGGCGGGAUUUCCGCCGGGAGGGAUCCGGCCGCUCAGGGGGUGGGGCUUCCCCGACCGGGCUGCGUUUCCCGCGUGCGGGGCGGGGUGCCGUGGGUCUCCACUGACAACCUCCGCGCCCUCCCCCAGGCGGCCAAGGAUGACCACGCUCACGCGCCAAGACCUCAACUUUGGCCAAGUGGUGGCGGACGUGCUCUCCGAGUUCCUGGAGGUGGCUGUGCACCUGAUCCUCUAUGUGCGCGAGGUCUACCCAGUGGGCAUCUUCCAGAAGCGCAAGAAGUACAACGUGCCAGUUCAGAUGUCCUGUCACCCGGAGCUGAACCAGUACAUUCAGGACACACUUCACUGCGUCAAACCACUCCUGGAGAAGAAUGAUGUGGAGAAGGUAGUGGUGGUGAUUUUGGAUAAGGAACACCGUCCAGUGGAGAAGUUUGUCUUUGAGAUCACUCAGCCGCCCUUGCUGUCCAUCAGUUCAGACUCCUUACUGUCUCAUGUGGAGCAGCUGCUGCGAGCCUUCAUCCUGAAGAUUAGUGUGUGUGACGCUGUCCUGGACCACAACCCUCCAGGCUGCACAUUCACAGUCCUUGUGCAUACAAGAGAAGCUGCCACUCGAAACAUGGAGAAGAUACAGGUCAUCAAGGACUUCCCGUGGAUUCUGGCAGAUGAACAGGAUGUCCACAUGCAUGACCCCCGGCUGAUACCCCUAAAAACCAUGACGUCGGACAUUUUAAAGAUGCAGCUCUACGUGGAAGAGCGAGCUCAUAAAAACAGCUGAGGGCGUGCCUGCCACCUGAUGCCCAGCUGUCCCACUCUGGGGCCCCAGCCCAGGGCGGUGCUGCAGGGCCCCCUGACUCCAAGUGCUCUUAUCGCCUUGACAUGUGGUCGCCCCUCUGGUUGGGCUGCUUAGUCCUGCUUGCCUCGGUGAGGCAGCCUUCCCAGGAGGCCAGGGAAGAAUGCCAGGACAGACACCGUUUCUCAGCAGCCUCCUGGGGCUCAGCCGGCCAACACUGUCCAUCUGAAUACUGUGCUGUGAGUUAUCGUUAAUAAAGGGCCCCCAAAGGG